CAGUACAAGAUAUGUGACCUACGUGUGCAGCUGUCGUCCCUUAUACCUGACCACUGGUGAAGCAGUAAUACGGGAUAUUUAACUGAUUAGAAACCUGAAAAGGUUAAAAGAGUCGCUUUUAAGAAGCGCUUGACUGUGGAGAGACAUAAAACAGAAGGCCUGAGUGGGUUGACAUUUAGGAAAAUGACCUCACUCCCUUUCUGAGUUCUUCAGCAGGGUUAAAGCUGCUGCGGGGGACCAUGGCAGUGGCUGCUAAUUCUUCCUGAUCUAGGGUGGACUUACACCUAAACGUCUGCACUUGCUCAAGGACAAAUGAUUUGAAAUGAAAUAUUUGGCUCCAUGGAUCUUGUAACCUUAACUUGGACUUUGUGGGGAUGUCCAGAGGAAUUACUUACCGUUUCAGUAGCAAAACAAAGCUACCAGUGUGUUGGUCCAGGUCAAGCACCUUCUAAAGACAUGCAGAUAUCACAACCAGUGGAGGUUUCUAGGAGGAACGCACAGUAAAUAUUGUUCAUUUUAGGUCCUCAGGAUAGAAGUCUUCAACAGACUUCAAAAUGGCAGACCACUCACCUUUUAGGCCCCUCCCCUCCAACAAUGCCAAGAUCAAAGGUGCAUCUGGUCUUCAGAAUGAUGAAGGUGAAACCCAAGGCUUGUCGGCUCCAGUUUUUACCCGUAAGCUCCGUAAAGCUGCAGUGGGAACGGGCUGUGAUAUCCGGCUGAGGGUGUCAGUGUCAGGAAAUCCUAAACCUUUGAUGACCUGGUACCACAACGAGAAGCUGAUUCCCCCCUCAGAAGCUCAGGACUCAGGAGGACUCUGGAUAAGGGACUGUCACACUAACAAUGCUGGCCUGUAUACCUGUGUGGCCUCCAAUGAGCUGGGAGAGGCAAGCUGUAGUGCAGUACUGGCAGUUAUGGACCUUGAUGAAGACUCUGAGACAACCGAAGAUGAGACCAACGAGCCUCAGAUGGAACCCAAAGAAGGGCCUGGGAGGCACCCGGACAAAGCCGGACGGAAAGGACCUUCAGGUGAGGGAGGAAGGAUGAUGGACUAUAACCCGGAUGCUUCAGAUCGUAGGGCCACUCUCCCUGGCACCUACGACCCCGUUAUGGAGCGAGAGCUCCGAGCUCUUGGUUCCCGCCCUCCAGGGCCACAUUUAGACCCCACCAACCCAGCAAGGAACAAAUCUGCUGAGGAUUCCUGGAGGCUCUCCUCUCAUGUCCCUCCAUCCUCUACCCUGGCAGCUUUCAGCAAAAAACUUGAUAUAGACAAAACUGAAGACCCUCAAGCAUCUAAGACUUCUGGCGAUGUUAUAAUGACUCCAAAAUUGCCCCGUGCUGGACCCAAGAUCACUGACAAGGUGCGGGCCUUUGAGGAGCGAAGGAAAAGUUUGGAUUUGCCAGGAGGGGCGGCGUGCCUGGACUCAGAUGACAGUGGAAAGAAGACAGGGGGCCCCAGCAAGGAGGAGGGAAGGGUCUCACAGGGAGUAGCCCAAAAGAGAGCAGCAUUCCAGCACCGAGCCUCCUCGCUGGAGGACAAGACAACCUAUUCUCAGAGAGUUCAGAACAAGUUUGCAGAGGAGCUUCAGAGGAUCAAGAAGCUCGUGGGGAAACCGAGCCUGAAGAAGGCAUACUCCACCGAGCAGCUGUCGCAGAGGGAGAGGACACCCACCGGGAAGAUAGAGCCCAUUCCUCAGCAUGUGGUUCGGAAGUUGGAGGCCAGUGAGCGAGCUCUGGAGGAGAAAAGAAAGACUGGCGGGAGAGAACGGGACAGAACAUCCCAGGUUCCUCCUCAGCUCCUGGCCCAACCUUUAGGCCACCAGAGUAAGAGCCCACACGGGGACGAUGCGGCGCCAACAGCUAACCGCUCACCCCGGGAAAGCUUUGGGAAGAGCUUGGUCACCAUGGAAACGGCACCAGAUCAGCAGUUGCCAGGGCAACCACCGGCAACAGCAACCAGGAAAGGCAUAAACAGAGAUCCAGGAAUAGAUUCUAAGGCAGACAAAAUGAUGGAGAACAAAUCGCAUCAUGGAACAACUGGGAAGAGAUCAUCCCCAGUAGCAGCAGGGGAACCCUCAUCCCAAUAUCUCCCCAAACCCAGCCGCCCACCUGCGGUCAGCCCUUUAGUGAAGAAGAGGCGAGCCGAGGUGGGACGAGUCUCUCCUGCCCCGAAAGUGAACAUCCCCACAAUCCUUGUGGAGGACGAGCCCAUGGAGGAAGAAUGUCCAACAGGCAAAAGCAAAGAGAACCAUCCUAACAGACGAAGGGAGGGAAGAGUACGCAAAAAGAAGAAAGACCAUUCAGCCCAGCCAAGGUCUCCAGAGGAAGAGGGUUCUUCUGAUGAAUCGUACCUUUCUGCUGAUGAAGAACCAGGCGAGAGUCCAAGGUUUGUUAAACCGCUCAGGGACAUCACGGCCCCAUGCGGCUCUGAGGUCAAACUGGAUUGCAUCAUCGCUGGCAGCCCAUCCCCGACAGUGACAUGGAGAAAGAACAACAUGGAGCUUCGCAGCGAUGCUUUUUGUGCCAUUAAAACGGAAGGGGAGAAGCACACCCUGCUGAUAAAGGAGCUACGGCCCCAUAACGCCGGAUCGUACUGCGUCACGGCUGCCAACGAGGCUGGCACCUCUUCCUGCAGCGCUUUUCUCCACAUCCAGCCAGAGCCGGGUUAUCAACAGUGUGGGAAAGCAGGUGUGGACAUACGAAGUCCGGUCCAUUCAGAUGAGGAGUAUCUCAGCCCUCAGGAGGAGGAGAUGGAGGUUGGAGACUCAUCAUCCUUAAAUAAAGGCGUCAUCUUUAAUGAGCCUCCCUCUUUUCAGGUGGCACCCCGUGACCAGGCAGUAGCUGAAGGUCAAGAGGUCAUUCUACUGGCAAAGAUCAGCGGAAAUCCCAAACCAAUGGUGUUUUGGUUGAAGGACAGAGAGACGGUGAAGACAGGAGGCCGCUUCGUUGUCCGCGAGAGGGAAGAUGGGACCUGCGAAAUGAGAAUCAGCUCUGCUCAAAGGUCGGAUGCAGGACUUUACCUCUGUAAGAUCGCCAAUGAGCGUGGAACCAAGCAGGUGGGAUGCAGAGUAGAGGUCAAAGCAGGCGAACAGAUGGAGCUCAAGAUCACCAGAGCAGUUGAAGACGUGGCGGUGAAGGCUGGGGAGUCGGCCAUAUUUGAAUGUCACGUCAUUGGGCCGCCAGACCUGGAGGUGGACUGGCUAUCUAACGGAAAGCUCGUUCAGCCGGCACUUCUAAACUGCAAGAUGCAUUUUGACGGAAAGAGGUGCCGUCUGAUGCUUAAUUCAGUGCAUGAGGAUGACAGCGGUACAUACACCUGCAAACUGAGCACUGCCAAAGAGGAGCUGACCUCAAGUGCAAACCUGAGAGUCGCUCCGUCCAGAGAGCCUUUAUUUACUCGUAAACUGGACAUCCUGGAGGUGAUUGAAGGACGCACCGCACGCUUUGACUGUAAGGUGAGCGGAUCACCUGCCCCGCGACUCACAUGGAUGCACUUUGAGACACGAGUGGAGGAGACUGACAAUAUCCGUAUCCUUAAAGAGGGGGGUCGACACUCACUUGUCAUCUCCCACGUUAGCAGCGACUUGGAGGGUUUUUACACCGCGGUCGCUCAGAAUAUCUACGGAAAGUGUGAAUGUACUGCUGAGCUCUACGUGCAAGAGUCAAGGGCUGCCAUCUCCUCCCACAUGGCAAAAUUAGAAAAGAUGCCAUCAAUCCCUGAGGAGCCCGAGGUGUUGGAGAACGAGUCGGAGAGAAGAACCAUGCCGGACUUCGUCAAGCCUCUGGCUGACGUGGAAGUGAUCGAAGGGAAGGAAGCAGUGCUGAAAUGCAAAGUGUCAGGCCUGCCCUACCCGACCAUGGCCUGGUACCACAAAGGGCAACGCAUCGAAAGCAGCGAGGAGCGAAAAAUGACUCAGCACAGGGAUGUCCACAGUCUGGUCAUUCGGAGCGCCUGUCAUGCCCACGGCGGCGUCUACAAGGCUGUCAUCUCCAACAAAGUGGGUAAAUCGGCCUGCUACGCUCACCUCUACGUCACAGAUAUCGUUCCUGACCCUCCUGACGGACCUCCAGUUAUUGAAGCCAUCACAGGGAAAACUAUAACCCUUAGUUGGAAGCCACCAAAGAGGCUGGACCCUUCACUGGAUGCCAGCUCUCUGCUGUUCAUGGUGCAGCAGCAGCCUCUGGGAUCCAUCCAAUGGUCUGUGGUGGCGUCUAACCUGAAGGAGACAACUUACACCGUGGGCUCGCUGUCUAAGGGAGUCCGUUACUCCUUCAGGGUCCUGACAUCGACCGGGAAGACACUGAGCAAACCGUCGCCCUCCACCGACCUGGUCCAGCUUCUGGACCGAGGGCCGUAUUUGAGGAAAGCGCCUGUUAUUCUGGAUAAACCGGAUGUGGUUUAUGUGGUGGAGAACCAACCGGCGAACAUCACCGUCACCCUGAACCACGUGCAUGCAGUGGUUACCUGGAAAAGGAGGGGGGUUGCUAUAGUCAACAGGCUUGGAUCGUAUGAGAUGAGCAUGCCGGACGACGAUCAGCACACCCUGAGGAUUCAGCGGGUCAGGAGCUCCGACAUUGGUCAGCUGGUGGUCACAGCCAGCAACCAGUUUGGUAGUGACCUCUGCACGCUGCAGCUGGCCAUGGCAGUUCCUCCUAAAUUUGAAUCCAUCAUGGAGGACGUGGACGUGCAUGUCGGAGAAACAACGCAGCUGGCUGUAGUGGUGGAGGGGAAACCAGAUCCGGAUAUUCUGUGGUUUAAGGAUGAUCAGCUCCUCUCUGAGAGCAGCCACUUCAAGUUUGUGUACGACGACCCUGAAUAUUCCCUUGUGAUUCUGAGCGCCAGGCGGGAGGAGCACUGUGGCGUGUACACCUGCACCGCCAAGAACGUGGCAGGCUGUGUGUCCUGCAAGGCCGAGCUCACCGUCCACACAGAGCGAGCAGCAGCAGCCGAGCCCAUGGAGGACAAGGGGAAGAUUCUGAGGACGAUGAGGCGUUUGACGGAUUAUUAUGAUAUUCACAAAGAAAUAGGGAGGGGGGCGUUCUCCUAUGUGAAACGGGUGACGCUGAAAACAGAGAAGACGGAUUUGGCUGCUAAAUUCAUCUCUGCCCGGGGAAAGAGGAAAGCAGCGGCCCUCAGGGAGAUGGAUCUGCUGGCUCAGCUGGACAAUGACCAGAUUCUUUAUUUCCACGAUGCUUUUGAGAAGAAGAAUGUGGUGGUGCUCAUCACAGAGCUAUGUCACGAAGAAAUGUUGGACAGGAUGGUGAAGAAAACAACGGUCGCAGAGAAGCUGAUCCGGAGCUUGGUUCAACAGAUUCUGGAAGGGCUUCGGUAUCUUCACCAAAAAAACAUAGCUCACCUCGACCUAAAGCCGGAAAACAUUUUAAUGGCAAGUCCAGGAAGCGACCAAAUCCGCAUUUGUGACUUUGGGAACGCCAUGAAAUUGGAAACUUCAGAGGAGUAUUACUGCAAAUACGGAACGCCGGAGUAUGUUGCUCCAGAGGUUGUUAACCAAACUCCAAUUUCCACGGCAACAGACAUAUGGCCUGUUGGAGUCAUCACUUAUCUCUGUCUCACUGGAGUGUCUCCGUUUGCUGGUGAGAAUGACAGAGCCACUGCGCUGAACAUCAGGAACUACAACGUGGCAUUCGAGGAGGCCAUGUUUUCAGACCUCUGCAGGGAGGCCAAGGGUUUCGUCAUCAAGCUGCUGGUGGUGGACAGGCUGAGACCAAAUGCCAAAGAGUGCCUUCGUCAUCCUUGGUUCAAGGCACCUACAAAUAAGAGCAUCAGCACGGCUAUGCUGAAGCAGGUUAUCGCUAGAAGGCGGUGGCAGCGUUCCCUUAUCAACUAUAAAUCAAAGAUGGUGAUGAGGUCAAUCCCAGAGCUCCUGAAUGACUCCUCCAGCCACCUUUCAAUAGCCAUUGCCCGUCAUUUGAAAGAAGGCUCCCCGCCUCCUUCUUCUUCUUCAGAUUCGGACGCAGACGUCGAUGAGCUGCCAUUUAUUCCAAUGCCCUUGUCCAUGGUCUUCUCUGGGUCCAGGGUCUCUCUGAAUGAGAUCCCAGGAGAUGAAGAUGCCAGAUUCCCAAUAGCUGAUGUCAGUAGUAAAAGAAAAGAAGAAAUUGUGGGUAUAGACAGCUCUACAGCAGAGGGGAAUAAAACCAUGUUAUAUGAGGCUGAAACUGAAAAGAGAGUUGGAAAGGCUAAAGGAGAAGACCUUAAGAAAGGAUCAAGUACAGAGUCGAAUGAAAUACAGACAAAAGCCAGGAGGGGUACCAUGAGAAGAGGCAGCUCUGCAGAUUCAGCUCUUCUUCUUCACAUUGACCCAGAAGAACAAAAUGCAAAUGAGAGCACAGAGGGAGGUAAGAAGGGCCUAAAAAAGGCUGUUUCUAUGGAACUGCCCAAUCGCAGCUCAAGCCCUGGGGCCAAAAUAUUAAGUCAGGAAGAUUAUGCUUUAAAACUAGAGCUAAUGAGGCAACGGCUGCUCAGGGGAGGAAGCGUUGAUAAAAAAAUGAGUGGCCUACGAGGGCCAUUGUUUGAAACUCUUGGCAUUGAUGAAGAAAGGCAGACAGGGUCUCUUGAGAGAAGUUUAAGAAGAUCCAGGGAAGGGCCAUCAACCCUUACCAAAGCAGCCUCAUGUGAAAGUUCCGGAGAAGACACGCCAAAGACUAAGUUUUUUCGUAAAAGUGUCUCCUUUUCACAGGGGGAUUCAGAGCCUAUGCCCUUGCACCGUAGGUUUGGAGCCCCCUUGGAGAUACCUUCUACUUCCUCUUCUUCCAUUGCUAGCACAGAAGGAAAGAAACUUCAGGAAGCAAUAUCAAUGUCUGCACUCACUGAACAAGCUACAAUGGAGUCUACAUCAACUUCGCCAGGAGAAAAUGCCCGCUCUGAUCUCCCAGCUGCAGACAAUAUAGAUCAACUGCAAAAUAAUCACAAUUUGAAAGAACAUUUGGAUGCAGAGGUAGAAAAAGAGAGGACCAAAGCAGAAUCUGAAACACAAUCUGCCUCUGUUAUAUCCCCUAAAAAUGUUAUGGAAGUGGAAGGGACAGAAGGUAGCAUGACUGUAGAGACUAGAGUUGCUGUACCAUAUCAACUGGCCCAAUCAAAAUCCCUUACUGUUUCACACAAACCAAACGACUUGAACCCCUUAGAUAUAUCUCCAUUACCUGAGCAUCCAGCUGUGUUUGCCAAAGUGGCAAAGGGGGACGGACAUCCUGGUUCUCUUCCCUCAUCUUCAAACCCCGAUCUUACCAUCAUCCCUCGCCAACCUGUUCUAAGAACGGACAUUAAAGACAUUGAUUCAGAAGAGGUCUUUGAGGCAAAGUUCAAGAAACGCGAGUCAUCCCUGACCCGGGGACUCCGUAAACUGACCAGAAACAGAUCUGAUGAGAAAUCCCCAGUGUUGAGCCGCAAGACAGUUGAAGGGGGAGAGGAUAUUUACAGGCCGGGACCCAGAGGUGCACCUCUUGCAGUAGUUUCCUCGGGACUUCAGGAGAAAUCCAAGUCUGUCCAAGAUUUAAGAGAGGCUGAUAGGGACACAGGCUUUGGUCUGAUGGGGAGGUUUUCAUUAAGAGGAAGGAGGUCUACUUCUAUUGAGAAAAAAGAGGAAAAGCGACCAAAUAUACAGGAAAGUGCUGCAAACAAGAGGGUUUCAUGGGCUAUCGGGCGCAGUAAGUCUCUAGAUACAAAGGAUCUGAACGCUGCUGGAGAGAGGAGACAGUCUCAGGAGAGAGAACCCAGAACAGUUGACGAGUCAUCGGUUUCUGCCAUGAGGCGAAAGUUUGAGUCCAAAGUAGCAGGGAUCUCUGCAAAAAUUCGAAGUCAGUCAGAGGAGAGAAAAGCAAAAGAGGCAAAGGGGAGUCAAAAGGACCUUGUUCAAAAGGGUAUCAACAAGGUCUCUGAAUCUCCUGUUCUAGCAAUACGUCACAAGUUUGAGAACAAAGUGGCGGAAAUAUCCUCCAAAAUCCGUAGUCAGUCAGAAGAGAGAAAAGUAGACGGAGAGGGUAGGAGCACACCCCUGCUUGCUCGACAUCGUCAUUCACACUCUGAAGGCCGUGGACUCAAAGGAAUGGGCAUUCCUGAAAAUCAGUUGGCAAAGCAAACUGGCACUGCUACAUCCAAGGAAUCAAUUGACUCCACCUCUAGUAUCCAGUCAGAUAAAGCCUCAGAAAAUGAGAGACGAUCGCGGUGGGACAGGUGGGGCUUGACCAGAGGCAAGAGAGAGAAAACUCCCUCCCAGUCUGACUUACCAUCACCUGCACCCAAAGAGGAAGGUCUGACAAAAAGCCAGCAGUUCAUCCGCUCUGCUUCUGAUUUUGCUCCGGUGUUCCACAUUAAACUAAAGGACCACGUCCUAUUGGAGGGGGAAGAUGUGACUCUGAGUUGCCUUCCAGCUGCCAGUCCACACCCAGAAAUCACAUGGAUGAAGGACCGGAAGCCCUUGGAGGUGACUGACAGCAGGACCAAAUGCAUCUCCCACCCUGACGGCAGGCAACUCCUUACAAUUCAGAAGUGUGGCCACAAAGAUGCUGGGGUGUACGAAUGUGUUGCGACCAACCCAAUCGCUACUAUCACAACUUCUUGCACAGUUUCUGUAGCUUCUGUUCCAAAACGACCUGGGACACCUGAAGUAGCUCAGACCUACAACAACACAGCUCUGGUUCUGUGGAAACCAUCAGACACCAAAUCCCCGUGCAGCUACUCCCUGGAAAGGAAAACCGAAGGCGAGUCCAGCUGGGUUACUGUGGCCACUGGAAUAGCAGAUUGUUACUACAAUGCCACCGACCUGCCACCAGGGGGCACAAUUAAGUUCAGAGUCUCCUGUGUCAACAAGGCAGGACAAGGACCUCACAGCAACUGCUCCUCUCCAGUCUGCCUGGACUCACUAGCAGGUGGAGGAGUUUCGCCGCCUGUCGCUGUAGUAAAAACCGUCUCUACUCCACCUGAGCCAGAGCCAAAAUGCCCUCUGCUCAAACCCGACCCAGAUCUCAGAACCGCCUCUACUCCUCUGACCUCUGACCCUCCAUCUAUGAGCACAGCUCCAGAGGAGAAACAGAGCAGCUCUCUGCCGCCCCCUAUGGUCAAGCCUUCUCCCUCCUUUGUGGCGCUAAAGCCUCAGAGUCCAGUAAAUGUGGUGACCCCUAUGACCCAGUCCUCACCCCCCCUUGUAGCCCCACCUCCCUCCGCUACCAAGCCUUCAGUGUCGUCGGUGCCCACAUACGUCCCCGCCACUGCCGCCACCGCUCGCGUGGCUCCCACCCCCGUGUCCUUUUCCCCACAAGUUCUCCAAACCUCUAGCCUGAGCCCCAUAGCGGACGGGGCACCGUCUGGACGCGCCACGCCGUCUACUGCCCUGCGACAGGGAGUUCCACAGAAACCCUACACCUUCCUGGAGGAGAAGGCCAGAGGUCGCUUUGGGGUGAUCCGGGAGUGUAGAGAGAACGCCACGGGGAAAAUCUACAUGGCCAAAAUCAUCCCCUACAGCAAGGAGAGCAAGCAGGCAGUGCUGAAGGAAUACGAGAUCCUCAAGUCGCUUCACAACGAGAAGAUCAUGGCUCUCCACGAGGCCUACGUCACACCGCGCUACCUCGUGCUGGUGGCAGAGUACUGCACGGGCAGAGAGGUGCUGAACAGCCUCGCCGACAGGUUUCGUUACUCCGAGGACGAUGUGGUUGGCUACCUGGUUCAGAUUCUUCAGGCUGUGGAGUAUCUCCACAAUCACAGAGUCCUCCAUCUAGACCUGAAGCCGGAGAACAUCUUAGUGACCAACCUGAACGUCGUUAAGAUAGUAGACUUUGGAAGUGCUCAGAGUUUCAACCCACUCAAGCUAGAACCCCAGAUCACAGCAGCAGGAACGCUGGACUACAUGGCUCCUGAGAUGGUAAAGGGGGAAGUCGUCGGUCCUCCUUCUGAUAUUUGGACUGUCGGAGUCGUGACCUACAUCAUGCUUAGCGGUCGACUUCCCUUCGAAGAUAAGGACCCGCGACAGGUUGAGUCUAAAAUCCUACUGGCCAAGUUCGACCCAACUAAACUCUACCCAAAUGUUUCCCAAAGUGCCUCAGUUUUUCUCAAGAAGAUGUUGAGCAGUUAUCCAUGGGCUCGCCCAACCACACGUGACUGCUUCACACAGGCCUGGCUGCAGGACUCCUAUCUGAUGAAGCUCAGGAGGCAGACGCUGACCUUCACCUCCAAUCGACUCAAGGAGUUCCUGGUGGAGCAGCAGAGUCGUCGCACGGAGAGCGCCACCAAGCACAAAGUGCUGCUGCGGACCUACCAGGGCUCUCCACGCAGCCCUCAGUCGGGCACCACAGCACACGCAUCCAAGCCACAGUAAACGGGAGCUGAAAGCCCUAGAGGUGGAUCUGCCCCAAAGAGAACCUGCCAUGUUUACAAACUGUCACUGAAAAGCAGCACGGGUUGACAGGUGGUGGCCAAGUGUUCUGGAACAAUUCAAGACUCAAAGUAUGGAGUGAAUUUUUGUCCAUUAUUGUUGCAAGCAAAGAAAGCGUUUUGCACAUGGAUAUUUGAAGGGAAAAAAUGCAACCCAGAAAAAAUUUAAAGGUUGAGAGUAAAUUUGCUGUUUUUCCAGGCUUUUGUUUUUCUAAAUUAUUAUAUAUGUUUUUGUUUUUUUAUGUUUGCACAGAUUUUAUAUUUUAGAAUUUUAUUUUUCCCAAAAAAGUUACUUUUUUUUCAAAGAUUACAUAUUUUUGUCUAUAUUUUUCUUCAAAUUUCUGUUUUAUAGAUCACAUUCUCUACCUCUGGGGGCGUGCCUUCUGUUGGUCUACCUAGACCGAGCUUUUGUAUUAGGCUUGAAGUGAAGAGAAUGUGAUCCAUAAAAAUGGUAUUUAAAAAGAAUAACAUUUGUAAAACUCAAUCUAAAUAAACAGAAAAAAAUGGAUAUCUGUGAAAAUAUAUCCAUAAAAAAUAGACAUUUUUUAUAUAAAAAUUAAUAGUAUAUAAAAUCUGUAAAAAAAAUUUUUGAAAUAUAUAUAUAUAUAUUUUAAAUUAUAUCUGAGAAAGCAGCAAAGUUACUAUUAAAACCUUUAUUUAAUUUUUUUUUUUAAGUUUCAUUUUUGGAUUGCAUUUUUUUAAAUUAAAUUUACAAAACAUGUUUUUUGAGCAAAAAUAGUGGAACAAAAUUCCCUCCAUACAACUGCAGUUUCAUCCUCAAGUGAAGAGCACUCAGUGUCGAUUCAAUUGACAAACUGCUCAUAAACUGUAUUUAAAAGGACAGGACUUCUGCAUAUCCUCUCAGUGACUUGGUGAUUCUGACAUUGCACAGUGUUAUUUUUUGCCUUAUAUAUUCUGUAUGAUUUUCCAACCUGACGAUGCUCUUUUUGGUGGUUUUUACUCUGCAGUUCAGU